CUCGCCUCCUCCCGUUAUCUUGAAAUCCGUCUCGGCACGAGCGUAGUCCGGAUUCCUGUUCCCUCCAAAAGCGGAAGCAGCAUAUUCCGAAGCCAUCGCUCUUCUCGUAGAGCAACAGCCGGACAGCAUGCAGGAGGCGUCACAACUACACUACCAUCCAGGAUCGGCCCAUCCCGUUUCUCAUGUCUCCUCAUUACCUACGGAGCUGCUCAAUCUCGUGUUCACGCACUAUCGAGGCGAUCGAUCCCUCCAUCCAUCGGCCAGCGAUCCAAUAUGGACGCUCCUCCACGUAUGCCAGCGCUGGCGCGACAUAGCGCAGGAGCAAUCAUCUCUCUGGUGCAGGAUCAAUACAUUCUCGAGGGCAUGGACGAGGCUUGAUAUCCAUCCUCUCUCGGACCGGCGCGUAUCUCUGGUCUGCAAUGUGCUGGAGCGCUACUUGGUCAACUCCCACGACCAUCCGCUCGACAUUGACUGCUUUUGGCUAUGCAGAGAUGUCUCGUGGCGUCCGGUUCUAGAGCUUCUUUGGAGGCACCACGCUCGCUGGAGGGAUAUUGAUGUCCGUGGUAGCGGGGCUGAACAGCUGGCCGAAGUUGCCAGGGCUUCACUGUCAGUGGAGUCGACGCAGGUACCAUUGCCGCGCCUGCGGAGCUUUCGGACUGUCGCGCCGGCCGCCGUGGACCUGUCUUGUUUGGCUCACAUUCUGCAGGCGUCAGGCCUUUCUAUCCUCAGACUGCGCUCGAUCGUGUUGGACGCACCGCCUGAUGCCCUGCCGUGGGCGCAGAUCACGCAUUAUCGAGGAACGUCACACACCCAUGCGGAACACCACUUUCUCCUGUCCUACACUAGCGAGAACCCGUGCUUCGCACGGGAUGGAUGCAGACGAACGGAAAGUUGGAACAGCGUGUAUUAUACAUUGAGAAGGACAGGACUGUAACUACUUAGUUCCGCGUUUCCUCUUCCUCGAAGGAGACUCCUCGGCGUCGUCAUCGCUCUCAACGUUCGUGAGGGUCGACGAAGGGGACGGGUUCGGCUGCGGAUUGGCCGGCCGAUUACCGGGCUCAGGCUGCUUCUCCAGCGCGCGAGAAGACGAUGGUUGGGGUUGGAUUCGCGAUGACGAAGGCUGGGAGGGCGGAAUUGUGGCCUUCGUGGGGGUGGUGUUCGUUGCGUGGCUUUUCCGGGCUCUUGCCAUGGAAAGCGAAGGCUUCGAAGGAGAGGAUGGUGCGCCUGGAGACCAUCAGCAUAGUCAUGGAGCAUGAGAACAGAAUGUACGUACUGCUAGUAGUGGUUGCUUGAGUGGAUGAAGGGCCGGGGGUGGUGGGUUCGUUCCGGCCAGAUAGAUAUUCGAGGAAAGACG